AUUAUUUUAUAUUUAUUAUGAGAAUGUGAUAUGUGAAUUGACACUGACAGUUAAAGAUUAUACAAUUAUAGACUAUACUCUAUACGUUUGUUAGUUUCCUGUGACCUGUAGGACGUGUGUACUUAUUACUAAUUAUGUAAUAUUUCCUAUAUUUUAUUUUUAACUUUAAAAAAAAUUCCACUUGUUUACACUUGAUAUACGGUAUCAUUGCUUAAUACAUUUAUUUAUUAUUUACCUGCUGUGUACGACAUGCUAUAGUAUAUUAUUAAAAGUGACAGUGUAUUGUGUGUACAGAGAUAUUUAUUUUUCAGAAUUAUUUGUUUUUGUUAAAAACGCGAUUGUUUUUUCAUGAUUUUUUUUGUACUUACAUCUUUAGUUAUUUUUUAUCAACUAUAAAAUAAAACAGAACUAUAUAUCAACGAAUACAUUUUUAACAACGACAUGAACAAGAGAAGGUAUCCAUAUGAUAUUGAUAUGUGUCCUCAGUUAAAAAUACACAUUGGUGAGAAACAAGUUGCUAAUGGAGUUUUGGGACCAUCCAAAAUGUCUGAAAUUUAUGAAAAGACUAAACAGAUGUUGUUUCAAGGAGCAGGAACAUCUUUUGAAGCAAUAGAAUGUGUUGCGGUUGUUGAUAAAAUGCCACGUGACAGUAAACCAUUCAAACAAAUGCAGUUAACAUUUGAUGGAAAAUUAUGCAAACCUGAUAUUUUAAUUGAAAAUUCAAAUGUGCAUAGUUACAAUCAAGAAAAAUGUAAUUUUUGUUCUCAAACAGAAAAAUUAGAGAUUUGUGAGAUCUGUGGAGAAAUAUUUUGCAAUAUGUGUACAUUUUCUUUAUUUGCCGACGAAGUCAAUAAAAUAUGUUUAACAUGUUAUAAGUAAAAACUUUUAAUUUU